AUGGCUGCUGCACUUGUUGGUGGAGCUUUUCUUUCUGGCUUCAUUAAUGUUGUCUUUGACAGGCUCCUUACAACUGAUGCUGUCAACUUGGUCCUGGGAAAGAAGCUUGGCUCUGACUUGAUUCAAAGGCUGAAGACCGCUCUCUUGGGUGCUGAAGCUCUUGUUGCUGAUGCUGAGAUGAAGCAGUUUGGCAAUCCAUCGGUGAGGAAGUGGCUCGAUAAUCUCAGGGAUGCUGUUUACUGUGCUGAGGACUUGCUCGACACUGUCCUCGCCAAAGCUGCCACACAAAAGGAGGAAAGUUCUUCCUGGUGGUCCCCUAGCUUCUUCAUCAACCGAGAUAGGGAUGACAUGGUAAAGAAGAUGGAAGGGGAGGUUAGAAGAAUAGAGGAUCUUGGAAAACAAAAAGAUUUCCUUGGUCUUGAAAAGAUUCCCACUGGUAGCUCAUCAUGGAGGACUCCAUCCACUUCUCUUGAGAGAGGGAAUGUGUAUGGCAGGGAGGAUGACAAGAAGGCCUUAGUCAAGAUGCUGAAGGACAACAAUGAGCAUCACCUCUCUGUGAUAGCUAUUGUUGGCAUAGGUGGGGUUGGUAAAACAACUUUAGCCCAAUGGCUGUACAACAAUGAGGAGGAGUUCCUGAAGGGAUUUGAUCUGAAAGCAUGGGUUUGCGUUUCGGAGAACUUUGAAGUUGUUGAGACAACAAGGAAUGUUAUAAAGGAGAUCUCUCCGGAUACUCAAUGUCUUGAGCACUUCAAUUCACUUCACCAUACUUUGAAAGAAAAAUUGUUGAACAAGAAAUUCUUUAUUGUUCUGGAUGAUGUUUGGAGUGAUGAUGGUGACAAAUGGAGUAAUUUUAUUACCCCUUUCCAAUAUGGGAAGAAAGGAAGUAUUAUUCUUCUGACUACUCGCGGGAAUAAUGUUGCUUUAGCCGUUCAAAAUUGUCGCCCUUAUUUUCUCAGGAAGUUGUCGGAGGACUAUUGUUGGUCAGUGUUUGCAGAAAAUGCAUCUUUUCCAGAAUCAAAUGGGAGUGCAGCACUUGAAGAAAUAGGCAGAAAGAUUGUGAAGAAGUGUGAUGGCUUGCCAUUAGCUGCAGAAACACUUGGUCGCUUGUUACGUACAAAGCAUGAUGUUGUGGAAUGGAACAAGAUACUAAUGAGUCAUAUUUGGGGAUUUUCUGUGCAGAAGAGUAAGAUUAUCCCAGCAUUACUAAUAAGUUACUUCCAUCUUCCUCCACAUUUAAAGGGUUGUUUUGUUAACUGUGCAUUAUAUCCCAAAGAUUAUAAAUUUGUGAAGGAUGAAUUAAUCCUUUUGUGGAUGGCAGAAGCAUUGUUAACACCAGAAGGAGGAAAGAGUUUAGAAGUAAUUGGUCGUGAGUAUUUUGAUGAACUAACUUCCAGAUUAUUUUUUACAAAGAAUAAUGACAGGGAUGAUUAUUUUGUGAUGCACGAUCUCCUGCAUGACUUAGCAAUAUUCCUUGCUGGAGAUUUCUAUUGCAAUCUAGAAGAACUUGAUAAAGAGGAGGAGAUAAGGAUUCAGCCUCGACAUUUAUGUGCAAAUUUAUGUUAUUGUAGCUCAAAACUUCAUAAUUUGAUUUCUGAAGUAAAAUCUUUGAGAACAUUAUUAUUAUUUGGCGAUUGCUCAUCUUCCAAAUGCAACAUUGAAGCGGCAACAUGUGACAUAUUAUCAAAGUGUAAAUACUUGAGAGCUUUAUCUUUCUGUAAACGCGGUGUGGUGCCAAGGUACAUGAGAGAUUCAUCCUUCAGUAUACUUGUUGUGGUGCCUGAUUCAAUUAAAGAAUUAGUCCAUCUGCGCUACUUGGAUCUGUCUCGGACGAAUAUUAAGACAUUGCCAGAGUCUUUGUGCAACUUGUCUAAUUUGCAAACCUUGAAGUUGUAUUAUUGUUGUAAGCUAACUACACUGCCUAGUGGUUUGCAUAAUCUUGUGAAGUUGCGACAUCUCGAUAUUAGAGAAACUGCUUUGGAAGAAAUGCCCAAAAAAAUAAGCGAAUUGAAAGAGUUGCACGUUUUAAGUUCCUUUGUUGUCGGCAAGCAUGAAGACAAUGGAAUCCAGGAGUUAGGGAGGCUGGAAAAUCUUCAUGGACCCCUUGAGAUUAAGAAGUUGGAGAAUAUUGUUGACGUGAAAGAAGCAAAGAGCGCAAAGAUAAUGGAUAUGAAGCACAUUGAUGAAUUAUGGUUGGAAUGGUCUUCAGGCGAAGAUAUGGUUUCAGACACACAAAGAGAAAAAGUCAUGCUCGAUAACUUGCAACCGCACAAUAGGUUGAAAGAGUUGAAAAUCAAGGGAUACAAGGGUACAAUAUUUCCAGAUUGGUUGGCGAGCUGUUCCUACAACGAUUUGACAAGUGUAUCUCUGAAGUCUUGCAAGAAUUGCUGCAUGUUGCCUUCACUUGGACAGCUGCCAUCUCUUAAGUCCCUAAGCAUUGAAGGUUUGGAUCAGCUGAGGAGUAUUGGUGAGGAGUUUUACAAGAAUGAAGGAGAUCAUCAUUCUUCGCAUAUUGCACCGUUUCCCUCACUUGAGAAAUUGAAGUUUGAUGACAUGGCAUGUUGGGAGGUGUGGCACGUAUCUGAGUCGGAAACUUUUCCUAAACUUAGGAAGCUUGAAAUAAGAGAUUGCCUAAUGUUGAAGGAAGAGAUGCUUAAUCAGGUAUUCUUCAGAAUCGUUUCUUCUUUGUCGGAUGUUUCCAAAGUUCGCAAACUACGCAUAGGCAACUGCUUUAUACGACCGCCCAUCGAGGGCAUGUAUCUUGAUGGGGAUAGUUUAACAGUUUGGGGAUGUGAAUCUGUGAGGGAGUCUGCAUUAAAGGCAAUGAUGAGCAUGAACCAUCUAAAUUGCCUGCAAGAAAUGGACAUCUCAUGGUGUUCCUCUCAUGUAUCCUUUCCGGGCAAUUGUUUUCCCAAAUCUUUGCAAAAGCUGGAAAUCCGGAUGUGUAGAAAACUAGAAUUCCAGGAGCAACAGCAGCACAAGUAUGAUUUGGUAGAGCUACUAAUACACAGCUGUGAUUCACUGACCUCCUUGUCGUUGGAUGUCUUUCCCAAUCUCAAGAAUCUCAAGAUACAUAAUUGUAGGAAUCUGGAAUCAGUGUCAAUGUCAGAGGUACCACACGUUGCUCUUCAACGUGUCUCCAUUACUAACUGCGACAAAUUAGUGUCAUUUGCAGGAGAAAGACUGGCUGCACCCAACUUGACUCAUCUUGAAGUUAGUGGAUGCUCCAAAUUAGUGUCAUUUGCAGGAGAAGGACUGGCUGCACCCAACUUGACUCAUCUUCGUGUCACACAUUGCUCAAAGUUGGAGGCAUUACCACGUGACAUGAAGAGUCUACUCCCAAGUUUACACUCUCUCCACAUAUAUUGUUACCCAAACAGUUGCAGGUUGGCAGAGGGUGAUUUGCCGCCUAACUUGAAAAAGCUUCAUGUGGGAAUUGGCGAGCAACAAAUGAGGGAUCUAUCAUGGAUGCCCAACUUGGACGCCCUCACUCAUCUUACCAUUAGAGGUAGGGAGUGUAAGAACAUAAAGUCAUACCCAGAGGUGGGUUCGCUGCCUCACCUUCCCUCCCUUACCACUCUACAUAUCGAACACUUUGAUAAUAUGGAGACAUUGGAGUGCAACGAGCUUCUCCGCCUCACCUCCCUUCAACAAUUAAUAAUUCAAAAAUGUUGGAAGCUGGAGAAUAUGGAAGGAGAAAAGCUGCCUCCUUCUCUCUUGCGACUCAAAAUUGAAUACAGUGGUUUGCUGGGAGAACACUGCGAGAACAAGCAUCAACUAAUCUGGCCCAAAAUUUCCCACAUUCCCACCAUUCAAGUGGACUUCAAACAAAUUGUCUGAACAGAGAUUUCUGAGCAGAGUUACCUAUCGUGCUAGAAGAUUCAAGGUAAAAGGAAUCAGCAUGAGAGAUAGACUGUCCAACGUGCUAUCUGAAAUCAUUGGUAACAUAUUGUACCAUAUCUAGCCUUAUCAUCAGCAAGAACUAGAAGAUUUUCCCAAGGUGAACUCGAUUUAGCUAAUGUUGUUAAAAGGUCAAGUUGCGCAUCAGACAACAAUUUCAUCUCUAUCAACUUCACUAAUUGUGUGUCAGGAGAAAGCCUUUGAGCUCUGCAUGAGAUACAUUGAGGAAUAAGCAGCAAUACAGAAACAUGGGAAUACCCUUGCUGUCACUUGAGCAGAGAAGGUCAAAUAUUCUGAAACCGAAACAGUGUGAAUUGCAGAAAAGGAGAAGGAAACUUGAAAGGUAAAAUGUUGUGGAUAGUUAGCUGCAAUUAUCAAUACGAUGCACAUAUGAAGAGGCUUGAUUGAGUAUGAUUAAGUUGUCCCUUUUAGCACAUAAUCUUUAUAUAAAUUCAAACCAUAUUUACAUUACAUUCAUUCAAACCAGCAAGACCAAUUCCCACAAGCAUCCAAUGAUGAUGAUGAUGCAAUGAUAUUUCUUCUAUCAAGAUAGCUGGAUGGUAGGCCUAGCAUUAAUGAUAGUGUAUAAUAUUCAUUUUUCUUGUUCUUCAUGUGUAUUUAUUUACCACUCUUUCUGUAUAAGAUGACUCGCAUUCGA